CGAAACCGCGUAGUUAAAGAAACUGAGGCUGUGACGCACGUCUUCUGACGGAUUGUGGCUGACUGAUCUUACAAAAGUGACCAGAGUUUAUUCCAAUAGUGAUUCGAACAGUUUUCACACGGUUUGGCAGAGAGCACAGCAAAAAGCGAGAAAUGAGAAACUACACAGAGCUCCUUUUGAAAUCCAGCGGGAGGAUUUUGUUGGCUUUGGGUUUAAUCCUCUUUCUGGGAUGUACCGUACAAGCUGCCCCAAGUAAAGGGAGAUAUAUGUGGAUACGAUGCAAACCGGACACCAAAAACCCUAACUGUGUGGAAGAAAGUGGUCCUUGGAUUGACCUUCCGAAGUCUGGAGCUGAUGUCCCUUUACCCAACGCUGAUCAUGACCUCAUGAACAAAAAGUCAGUUGAAGAUGAGCCGGGGCUGAGUUUUGAAGAAUCCGGCGAUGAUUCUGGGGAAUUCCAGGAGGACACACCAAACGAACUGGGCUCAGGAAGUCAGUGGAGUGAGGAUCUCCUAAGAGCCAGCAGCACUGCAGAUCCUGAAGAGGGAAGUGCUGACUACACAGAGGACUCCCUUGCCACGCCAGAAGGGGGCGACGUUGAUUAUUCCCAAUUUGUCUUUCCUGACAGAGUUCCAAUCAAGCAAAACUACCCUCGGGAUCUAAAGCUCCAUGAAGAGGGGUUUAUCCUGUAAAAUAAUCUUCACGAUGCAGUGAAAGGUGUCUGCUAGUUAUGCUGUGUGGUUUUACGACACGCUUUUCUAUUACCUAUCUCUCAGGAUUAAAACACUUUGCUUUGGUUUUUUGUUUUAGUUCAGCUAUAAUUGCAGAAACUGUGUGUUCAUAAUUUCACCAAAUUGUAGACUGGAAUAUAUUUCUAUAAAGUAGUAAAAUGUAUAUUUUGUCUAGUUUUAUUUUUAAAGAAAACAACAAUUUUAAACAUAAUAGUAAUAUAUAGAACACAAGUGAUACUAUUUAAUUUAGUGGGGAUGUUUUUAUACCAAACAUGUGAUUAUUUUUUUCCCUUAAAGUGUAAUUUCUUGCAGAUCAUAGGAAUGAGACUUGUUGUCUAUCUUAUGCAUUAAUUUUGUGAAUCUUACCCUGAAAUGCUUGUCUGAGAUUAUUGGUCAGAGAACAACACUUUCCAGUCGCUGUGUCUCCAAUGGGAACAGCAAUGAUGUCUCAUAAAAAGCUGAUGACAAAAACUUUGCUAUAAUAACUAAUUAAGGAACCUACUGAAUAUCGUUGCAUUCGAGAUUCACAAAAGAAAUCCUUUCGCUGCUGUACUGACUUAAAUAUAAAUUCUAUUUUCUUGAUGCAGUAAGGCUAUAAACAAUAUCACUGAAACACGUUCCACCUUAUCUACCGUGUUAGACAUGAAUGGCUCUGUUUUAUUGAAUAAUAUUAAACACAGAAUCCCAAUUACACCAGACUGUAUACUUGUGAAAAAUGGGGAAAGAAAACUAUUGUUGAUUAUGUUUUAAAAGUGCCUGAACUACCAUGCCAAUAAAGUCUGUAAAGUGAA